AUGCGUAUGUUCAUAUCGAGAUCUGAAACAGGGAAUACGGCAAGGUUGACGGCACCACCGCCGGAGUUCUCUAAUUACGAGAAGAUUCACUCGCCGGAGGCUUUAAACCUCCUCUCUCCGACUGGUGACGUCAUAUUGACAGGCUUUGCUCUCAUUGUUUUCGGAGAUACAUCUUCAAGUUCUGAUGAUAUUGAGAAACAAGAGCUUGAGGAAUUGUCUUGUGACGAUGAAACCUUCCUCUAUGACAAAAAACAUGCGGCUGAUCAAGCAGACAAUCAAAAAGAAACUGAUCGAUACUGUGGAAAAGAUGUGUGCUAUUCUGAUUCUGGAUAUCCCCAGAUCGAAAGGCGAAAAAAGCUCCCUGAUCCAGUUCUAAAAGAGAAAAGGGUUAGCCUUUGGUCUGUGAUCAAAGACAGUGUGGGAAAGGACCUCACACGAGUUUUUCUUCCUGUUUAUUUUAAUGAACCAAUAUCAUCCCUUCAGAAAUAUUUUGAGGACCUAGAAUAUUCGAAACUUUUGGACCAAGCAUACAAGUAUGGAAAAGAAGGGAAAAGUCUCCAGCGAAUUGUUAAUGUAGCUGCAUUUGCUGUUUCUGGCUAUUCUUCAACUGAAGGCCGGGAUUGUAAGCCUUUCAAUCCUUUACUAGGUGAAACUUAUGAAGCAGACUAUCCCGAAAGAGGUGUUCGUUUUUUCUCCGAGAAGGUUAGUCACCAUCCAACCCUCAUUGCCUUUCAUUGUGAAGGCAAAGGGUGGAAAACCUGGGGUGAGAGUGACCUCCGUGCAAAGUUUUCCGGGCAGUCAAUCCAGCUCAACCCUGUUGGAGUUAUAACCCUGGAGUUUGUUGAUGGUGAAAUAUUUCAGUGGAGCAAGGUAACUACUAAUAUUUAUAAUCUUAUCCUUGAUAAAGUGUAUUGCAAUCACCAUGGAUUGAUGCACAUUCGCGGGAAUCGCCAAUAUUCAUGCAAACUUAUAUUCAAAGAGCAAUCUAUUCUUGAGCGGAACCGUCGCCAAGUCCACGGUUUUGUUGAAGACCUUUCGGGUAAUAGGGUUGCUACAUUAUUUGGCAAAUGGGAUGACAGCAUGUAUUUUAUCAAUGGUUACGAGAGUGGCAAGACAAAGGACUUCAGUCCUUCAAAUGCCUCCUUGCUUUGGAAAAAGAAUGAGCCACCUCCUAGUCCGACUCGCUACAACUUAACAUCUUUGGUUUUUCAUUUAGACCUGACUAUGCAUACAUUUGCUGAUCAUGUAGCAAAUCCACUCUAUCUGUUUUUCAUUUAG